AUGCCAAGACCUCCUAGUCAGGUCUCUCCGUCAAGCUUGGUCUCGAAUCGCCCUCCUCUUGCACACUCGACCGCGGCUGGCCUCCCAGAUGGAUAUCCCAAACCGACGUGCCCAAUUGGCUCGCUGCCUGUCUCUGGUGUCACCUGCGUUUCAUGCCUCGACUGCGUCGCUGACUGCUUGGACCUCACGCUGAACAAUAUCCAGUCCCGCUGGGCGGAUUGUCUACAAUGUACCAUCGCUAGCCUACUCGUCCCUCGGCCAUCCCUUGGCGCUAUUCGGAGCUUUCCAGCUGGGCAAUCCCACCUCGACCACGACGACCACCCCCCUGCCUGCGCCUCCUGUCACCGUCUCGCAGACCACACCCUUCGCCUCUUCCAAGAGCCGUUCUACCCGAAUCACACCAAGACAUACCGACUACCCGAACAGAUCGACAAGAUGGUCAACCGCUACAUCUUCGCCGUUGCCGGCCUGGCCGCUCAGCUCAACGCUCUGCCCUUGAACAUCAACUUGGGCGCUUAUUCACCUGCCUUGGUGGUGGGUGAUGGUGAAAUUUCAUUUGGCGGUAGAAACGACGUCUCCCAGUUGAUGAAUGUACUGGAGGGCGCCGCAGUUAAUGCUGCUCAAGGUGCUGCGAAUGCUCCGGCCGCCGCCCCUGCCGCUCCCGCGGCACCUGCUACCCCGGCCGCCCCUCAGCAGCCUGCUCAGCAAGCCGCUGCUUCAGUCGGAGGUGCUACGCCGGUGACUGCUUCGUCCGCGGACAACCAGAUCAACGAGGCCCAAGCCAUUGCAGCCCUCCAAGGAAUGGGCAAGGAGAUCGCUCCCCGUGUACAGCUUACCAAAGCCCGUCCCGCCGAGAAGCGUGAUCUCUCCGGUUUCGAUCGCGCUCUGAAGUACGCCGAGGCUGCCCUCACUAAGGGCCCCAAGGUCCAGCUUGGCACUGGCCAGGAGGGCUCUGGUGUCGGCAUGAUCGUCGACAACAACCAGCAAGCAGCAGCUCGUCCUGGAACCGGAGGCGCCGCGGAGGCCGCACCCGCUACCCCCGCCGAACCCCGUCCUGCCGGCGCUAUUGUUGCUCAGCAGAAGGUCAAGGCCCGCUCCGACGAGGCCCAGCAGCCCCCUCGCCGCCGUGCCAAAGUCACCACCAUGUACGUUCGCUCCGGCGUUCCUGCUGGCGUCGAGAUGACCCCUGAGAAGCUCGUUGCCCGCGAUCCUUCCGCCCCCGUUUCCCAAGUCGUCCCCUCCACCAACAACAACGUUGUCAAGCGCGCAGUUGAGGAGCUUAACUCACGAGGCGUCAGCGGCGGCGCCAUUGACACCGUCAACCUGAAUGUCAGCGGUGAGGGCGUCACCAUGACCUUUGUCGAGACUCAGGCCGACGAUGUGGAGGACGAGCAGUAG